GCUGCGAGGGGAGAACUGUCCGGCACAGGUGGCCAACGUCAUCAUACCGCGCCCCGGUGCAGAGAAGGCCCCUCCCGUUAGUUUGAGGACCGGGUGGGCACGACUAAGUCACUGCCGGAUAGUAAUUCGGGUUCUCGGCCCCGAGAGCCUCGUCAGGCAAGAGUGUGGAAACCGCUGGGACCCUGAGGCUCGGUGCGCGCUACCCCGCGUCCCUCCAGCUGGCGGCGCUGUGACCGGCGACUGACCAGCGCAGCGCAGGGCAGCCCUCUGCCGUGGGCAGAAAGAGGCCUGCCCUAGCGGCCUGGGGCGCUGGGACUCGAGGGCAGUGCUUAGGGCAACAGGACGCGGCGACUGAAAGCGGGCGUGGGAGACUGGGGCUCUGGGUGGAAGAGUUACAGGAUAUCAGAGAAGACUCUCUCCCGGGAAGAGGCUGGUUAAAGCCUGGACACCACUACCUGCCACAAGACAUGUGAGAGAAGGGGCGAUGGUGUCAAAGAUCGAGAGCCCAGCGCUGAGUUCAGCGAGCUUGACUUAGGUCAUAGGUCUCGUACAGAAGGGUCCCAGUCACUAUGGAAGGUGCGCACCCGGAAGAGACCAGAGAACAGGAUUCAUCCAAGGAGAGGAAUCCCCGCAGUCCAGGAGGCAACAUCUGCCACCUGGGGGCCCUGCAGUGCACUCGCUGCCUCAUCACCUUCGCUGAUUCCAAGUUCCAGGAGCGUCACCUGAAGCGGGAGCACCCAGCGGACUUCGUGGCUCAGAAGCUGCAGGGGGCCCUCUUCAUCUGUUUCACCUGCGCCCGAUCCUUCCCCUGUUCCAAGGCCCUGAUCGCCCACCAGCGCAGCCACGGUCCACUCACCAGGCCCUCCCUGCCAGCCACACCUACCUCUGCCCAGCCCACCUUCCCCUGCCCCGACUGUGGUAAGACCUUUGGGCAGGCUGCUUCCCUGAGGCGGCACCGCCAGGCGCACCAGGCCCGCACCCCUCCUGGCCCCUUUGCUUGCACUGAAUGUGGCCAGGACUUUGCCCAGGAAGCUGGGCUGCAUCAACACUACAUCCGGCAUGCCCGGGGGGAGCUCUGAGUGGGGCUUACGACUUCCCCGGGACAAUGGAGACUCUGGCUCAUGGGGUCCUCCUGUGAUAUGGGAUGGGGACCUUGAGAUUUGCUUCCCUCCAUGGAAAAAGCAAAGGGCUCCUGAUAAACAGGACCCAGAUGAUAUUCUUUUGUGCUUCAAUUUUUGGAGGACACACAGGCCUUCAGGGAAACUCUGAAAUCAGACAAUAGUGAGAUCUUUUGUUUUCAAAAAUGAGCAAGAAAGAGAAGGAAAACUGUUCUGUGUAUCUCCCUUGUUCCCAAUUAAAUAGUUGAAAUUACAACUAGCUGCAGAUUGUGUAAUCACCUUUAAUUCUUCCCAGAUGGAUGCCAUGGGCUAUGGAAGCGAAUUGUCCUGGCUCUGCCUGAUGGGGGCAGGGAGGCGAGGUGUUGUUGGCCUGUAAGGCCACCUAUGGAUCCCAGAUGUGAAACAACUUAUACCUUUGGGGAUGGGACAGCAAAGUUGGGAAUUGUACUCUGAACCAUUGGGAGUUGCAAUUUCAGUCCCUGUCUGCCCAAGCCCCCCACGCCACCAGGCUUUCUUAAGGAGAGGACAGGGCAUUGGGCCCUCCAGAUAACUUAUUGCCCAUUUAAAUAAUUUUGUGUAUUAUUCUGGUCAUGGAAUUUUAUUUUUUAUAUAUGUAGGUGAGAGGGCAUGAAUAACAGAAGUAGUAUCUAAAAACAGGAAAGGUGUAAGUAAAAAGUAAAUGCCAAUGCCUGCUGUGCUACCAAAAAAAUUACCCAUUCUGAAAUAACCAUUGUUAAUGUUCUAGUAAAUUUCCUUGCAGACUUUUUUAAUAUAUUAUCAUAAUUAAAAAAAAUAAAGUUGCUAUAUUUAAAAAAAAAACAAAAACCCAGA